AUGAGUCUGAAACGAUAUGCUAAAAGUGUGGAUGGUACCAUCCCUGUGCCAGCCUUACUCUACGAAGACGAAGAUUUGCUUGCAUCCCAGGAAGGUGUUGGUAUAUACGAUGGCACUCAGAAAUCUGCCCCUCAUCAAUCCGGCACCAUCUACACUACAACUCACCGUAUCUUCUACAUAGACGGACCCCAUCCAUACAGGCGCUCUUUCUGGUUAGAUCUAGCGCACGUCGCGAAGACUGAAUAUUAUGCCGGCCUCUUCACCAGCUCGCCGAAAGUCACACUGUAUUUGAAUUCCCUUCCUACAGCGAAUGGGGAUGGUUCAGCCGCAGAUGACCCUGUAAUGACAGCUGGAACAAGCUUUGUCGCUAUCGACCCGGCCUUCGACUCGUGGGAGUGUGAGGUCUGUAGCUACCGUAAUCCGCCAGGGCUCAGUCCUGCUGCAUCGCGGGUAUGUGCUCUCUGUGGAGUCCCGCGCGCUUCCGUGAAGCCAUCAAACGGCAGUCCUGCGAAGUCCGCGCUCUCGUCUAUUUCUCCCUACGUCUCGUCCUCGCUGCCAUCGUCCUCGUUAAAUUUGUCCAAAUUGACUAUGUCGUCGGCGUCUUCGCCUCUUCCGUCGAGUUCCCCCCCAACCCACGGUGAUUCCAAGCAGGAAGAAGUGGCAUGCCCCGCAUGUACAUUUUUUAAUCAUCCUUCCCUUUCGACCUGCGAGAUAUGUGGAACCCCGUUGCCGACGAGGUCAUCCUCAGUCCUUGCACCUCACUUUCCGGCGAAGUCCGCCCCAGCCUCACGUUCUACGACUCCCAUGGUCGAUCCAACCGAUGAAAAUGAUACAGAUUCACCUGAGUCGCGGAUCAUUCGUGUCAGUUUCCGCAAGGGCGGAGACAAAGCAUUCUACAGUAUCCUGCGGCGAAGCCUGCUUGGCAAGGGUUGGGAGACAAAGGGGUUCGGCAAUAUCUCUGCAAGCUCUCGCUUUGCUGAGUCGGGUACUAGUACUACAACUGGGACCUCGGGAAUUAACGGUAUUCUUCGCACUGUGGAAACCACUGCGGCCACAGCGCAGACGGACCUGGAAGAUGCUCUGCAAGACCUGGAGGCUCUUAUGGUCAAAUGGAAGGAUAUGGUGCGGCUCGCCCAGGACCUGAACGAGCGGCUCACUGCCGCUUCGUUUACCGCAAGUAAUAUCACCGCUGUUACAUCUACGUCCCCUGUAGCCAGCUCUAGCGCCUCUGCCGCCCUCAGUCCGUCUAACGUCACAGCUGUAAGCUCCUUAGGACCUCCGAUGACGACAGAAGCCGUCGAACCAGAGGAAGCAACCUUCAUCCGCUCGUCACUGGCCCAGCUCGGGCUGCAGAUGGCCAAUGCGCCGGUGACACUGGAUAUGAUCCACGACGAGCGCAAAUGGGUGGAAGAAUUAGCACGAGAGCUCGCGGGAAUACUUCAAGGUCGAGAUAGAGAUGAAGGCAUGAUGCGCAAGCGGGGAAUUGUCGGGCUGGAUGAAGUGUGGGGAGGAUGGAAUCGUGCGAGAGGCGUCGCCUUGAUACCGCCUGAUACAUUUCUGCAGGUUCUCCCUCAGUUGCCGCAACAUACUUCACCGCCAAUACACAUGCGCACAUUCCCGUCGUCGGGCCUGUCUGUGUUACAUACUCCGCCGUAUACGAAAGCUGCAUUUGCAUCACGGCUAGUGGGGUUGCUCACACUAGCCGGACCGAAGACUACCGUGGAGGUUGCGCAAGAAGAGGGGCUCCCAAUCGGACUAGUCGAUGAGAUGGUUACUGAAGUAGAGCACGAGGGCGAGAUCUGCCGAGACGAAGGGGGCGCUGGCAUUAGCUUCUCUGCCGUCGGAGACCAAGGAUGGGGCGGUGAGGUAACGUGGUGGGUAAACAUAUUCCAAGGGUAUGAGUGGGAUGGGCAGGCAAGUUGA